CCAAAUGCCAAGGUGUGAUCGAUCACCAGGUGCAGUGCAACCAACCGGAUCCCACGCCUGAAAACAAAGGAUUUCCCUUUCUUCUGAAAACAAAGGAUUUCCCAGCACCAACCAUGGAGUUGCCACGGGUUCCGCUCAUCCUUCUGGCCGCGUGGGCGCUCGCCGCCGCGGCGGCGGACGUCCCCGCGGCGCGCAGCCCUGGCUGCGCGACGACGUGCGGCGACAUCGCCGUCCCGUACCCGUUCGGGCUGGACCCGCAGUGCGCCAUCAACGCCGAGUUCCGGGUCAACUGCACCACCGUCGGCGGCGCCACCAAGCUCUUCCACGGCACCCUGGAGGUGAUCCGGUUCUCCGUGCCCGAGGGCAAGGCCUGGCUCAAGACCUUCAUCUCCCGGCAGUGCUACGACCAAGCCACGGCCACCGUGUUCUACAACAACGCGUGGAUGAACAUCGGCAACCUGCCCUACGUGCUCUCGGCGGACGAGAACAAGGUCAUCGUCCUCGGCUGCCGGAGCAUGGCCUACAUGCUCAGCGACACGUACAUCAUCGGCUGCCUGUCGACGUGCGACGAGCCACUCAGGAACGGCUCGUGCUCCCGCACAGUUGGGUGCUGCCAGGCGGAUCUGCCCCGAGGCGUCCGGUACUACGAGGGCUUCUUCAACUCCUUCUACAACACCACCGCGAUAUGGAGGCAGACCCCUUGCAACUACGUCACCGUGAUGGAGAUGGCGGCCUUCAACUUCAGCACCACCUACCUGACCACGAGGGUGUUCUACGACGCCGACGACUCGAGGACCCCGGUUGUGAUGGAGUGGGGGAUCACACGGGAGACAUGCCAGCAGGCCAAGAUCAACAGGACCGCGCCCUACGCGUGCGUCAGCGACCACAGCGACUGCGUCGACGGCGACGCCGGCUACCGCUGCCGGUGCUCCGACGGAUUCAGAGGCAACCCGUACAUCCAAGACGGAUGCAAAGAUAUCGAUGAGUGCCUGGACAAUGUCACUUACCCCUGCGCUGGGAUAUGUGAAAAUACGCUGGGGAAUUUCACAUGCUCCUGCCCGCGAGGGCGAGACAUGGUCAAUGGCGUUUGCGUGAAAAAUCGAAGGUCAACUUGGAUGGCGCCGGUUGUAGGUGCGAGUGUUGGCCUUGUGGCUCUUGUGAUCGGCAUCACCUGUGCGUACCUGGUCAGAGAGAGGCGAAAGCUACACCGCGUCAAGCAGCGGUACUUCCGGCAGCAUGGCGGCCUGCUUCUGUUCGAGGAGAUGAAGUCGCAGCAGGGCGUCGCGUUCAAGAUCUUCUCCGAGGAAGAGCUGCAGCAGGCCACCAACAUGUUCGAGGCGCAGCAGGUCCUCGGUCAUGGGGGCCACGGAACCGUCUACAGGGGAGUUCUGAAGAGCGGCGUCGUGGUAGCGGUGAAGAGGUGCACGACGAUCGACGAGCAGCAGAAGAAAGAGUUCGGCAGGGAGAUGCUGAUCCUAUCCCAGAUCAACCACAAGAACAUCGUCAAGCUCCUCGGCUGCUGCCUCGAAGUCGAGGUCCCCAUGCUGGUGUACGAGUUCAUCCCGAACGGCACGCUGUUCGACCUCAUCCGUGGAGACCACACUCGCCACAUUUCCUUGAACACUCGCUUGAGGAUUGCUUACGAGUCCGCUGAGGCGUUGGCCUACCUCCACUCUUGCGCAUCGCCGCCGAUCCUCCACGGCGAUGUCAAGUCGACGAACAUCCUUCUAGAUGGUGACUACACAGCAAGAGUCUCCGACUUUGGCGCGUCCAUCCUAGCGCCAAAUGACAAGUCACAGUUCGUCACUGUUGUCCAAGGGACUUGUGGGUACCUCGACCCGGAGUACAUGCAGACAUACGAACUAACAGACAAGAGCGAUGUGUACAGUUUUGGAGUAGUUCUCCUAGAGUUGCUCACGCGCAAGAAGGCAUUCAACCUUGAAGGACCUGAGCAGGACAAGAGCCUGUCAAUGGUUUUUAUAUGUGCAAUGAAGGAAAACAAGCUCGAGGAUAUCCUGGAUGAUCAGAUCAAGAACGAUGAGAACAUGGAGUACCUUGAGGAGAUUGCGGAGUUAGCGAGGCAGUGCUUGGAGAUGAGUGGUGUGAAUAGGCCGUCAAUUAAGGAAGUUGCAGAUAAGCUUGAUAGGCUGAGAAAGGUCAUGCAGCAUCCAUGGGCACAUGAGGAUCCUGAAGAGCUGGACAGGUUGCUCGGGGAGCCGUCUGUGGUGAACUCGGCUGGUACUACAGGAAAUUUCAGCAUGACAAACAAAGCUGCCAUGGGCCUGGAAUCAGGGCGUUAGUUGCAGCACUCCACAUAGAAAAUAUAUGCACAUUCUUCUUGACUGUGCAAUGAUUUGCAGAGGAUCUAUAUGCCAUUCUACUUAUGCAUUAUCCUACCUUGAGGCAUUCUACUGCUUGACCUUGCCUUGCCGUCAGGCAUUGAAGGAACUGAGGCAUUCCUGUGUUCAGGUUACCAUAAUUUGGUCUUUCAGUGGGUCACAUGAUUGAGCAUCUACUGAAGAUUUCCAAAGAGGAUCGAAUGUGGGAGGAUUUCCAAGGAGGUUGUAGUCGAUGACAUUUGCCAUCAAGCCACCUACAUUGUACAAAUUACAAAGAGAUACAUUGGAAACUAUAUGUAUAAGCACUUGUUUUGGGAGUUGGGGCCUCUCUAACUGAGAAAUCAUUUAUCCAGGACAAGUCCAA